AUAUCUGUGACGACGUAUAUGUGUUACAUUAUAUCUGUCCCGGUGUCCAGCCGAUCUAGUAGGUAAAUGUAUCCGGGUCGUUAGAAACGCCACGCUAGCAUCGUAAACUAAUCGCAGCGAUUUUAAUUAAUUAUAUUUGGUAGUGUGUCAAGUUGACAUGGUGCAAAUAAUCACUGAUUCCCUCUUACAGAAUCGGAUUUUCUGUCCAACUAGCCAUAGAUAGUUAGCUAAUUUAAGUUGUGGACGAUUUGCAACUAGCAUGCUAAUGGCUAACAACGAAUGAGUUUGGGUCCUCCGCCAUGAAGAGCAUGCUGUUAUCUUUUCCGGCUCGACUUAUCAAGAGAACAUGACACUCCCUGUGUUGGUGACGUGUAACUUUAAGUUCUUUCAAUCUUUUUGACAUCUGCAGGUGCUGAAAUAAUCACUUCCCCACAUGUCCUCCUAGGCUAAUUCUGAAAAAGGAGUCUUAACAACAAGGCUUUAACACAUACUUUCUGCAGGAAUCUUAGAACAUUAUGGCCCAUCUAGAGCAGGCAGAAUCUCAUCUGGCUGAGAUAGAGCUACUCUCUAGUAUGUACCCAGGUGAAGACGAGUUGGUGAUUACUGACCAACUAGCUGUGGCUGAGCUCAGGGAGUAUGUGGAGGGAGCAACAGAUACCUAUCCUCUGUCCAGACCACACAUCCUCAUCAAACAGAAGAUGGACACUGACACUGUGAAGGGGGUGAAUGUGACCAUAUCUUGCACCUACUCAUCUGACUACCCUAAUGUCUUACCUGAAAUAGCUGUACGGUGUCCUGACCUUAACCGAUCCCAGCAGGCACAGCUUCACUCAGACAUGAACACCUACCUCUCAGAGAGCUGCCAUGGAGAUGUCUGCGUCCUCUCUGCCGUGGAGUGGGUCAAAGACAACGUACACCUGUACUUGACCGAUAAGAGCACAUCAUCAACAGCAGCCCCUGGCAAGAAAGAGUCUCGGUCUACCUCCUCAUCACCGCAGCCCAAAGAGCAGUUCAGUCGCCUGUGGAUCUACAGCCACCACAUCUAUAAUAAGAGGAAGAGGAAGAACAUUCUGGAGUGGUCCAAGGAGCUGGGUCUGUCAGGGUUCAGUAUGCCUGGCAAGCCUGGGAUCAUCUGUGUGGAAGGCCCUCAGUCGGCCUGCGAAGACUUCUGGGCCAGGGUGAAGGUUCUAACCUGGAAGAAGAUCAUUAUUCGCCACAGAGAGGAUGUUUCUGUGGACAGUCAGAGUGCUGAGGCCAGCAUGGCGGACAACAUCGAUUCCCUCCGUAGGUUCACAGGGUUCGAGGAGGCCAUGUUUGAUCCACACGGGAACAGAGGAAACCACAUGAACCUGGGUCAGCUCUAUCAGUACCUCAGUGAGAGAGGAUGUGGAGACGUCUUUCAGCUUUACUUUGGAAUUGAAGGAAGGUAGUAUAGCUGAUAGGAUUGGUAGUAUAGCUGAUAGGAUUGGUCCCAUAACUGUUGGUUGUACCCGAAUGAACGCUGUACCCACAUGAACCAAUGGCAGGAAUCAAGUACCCAAAUGAUCCAAUGGCAGGAAUCAUGUACCCAAAUGAACCAAUGGCAGGAAUCAUGUACCCAAAUGAACCAAUGGCAGGAAUCAAGUACCCAAAUGAACCAAUGGCAGGAAUAAAGUACCCAAAUGAACCAAUGGCAGGAAUCAAGUACCCACAUGAACCAAUGGCAGGAAUCAAGUACCCAAAUGAACCAAUGGAGUAAAUCAAGUACCUACAUGAACCAAUAGCAGGAAUCUAAGCAAUUGCACAUUAGAUGAUGCAUUCUCAGUAGGAGGAGCCUAGUAUGCUUUUAUUUGUUGUUUACUGCAUACAUUACUAAACAGUACGUUCUAAAUAGUACGAUUGGCACAGCAUGUUGUUUCAGUAAGUAGUAUGCAAGACAGAUUUUGGACACGGCCAUUGUCUAUGGGGGUUAUUUUUGAAUGUUAAAGAAAUCUGCUUUAUACCAAAAAUAAUCUACAGGUUGAGCUCAAACCACAGACCCUUUGUAUCAUUGAAUACAGACACACGAUCCACAACGUCCUUACGUACAGAACACAGUUGCUUCUCUGUAGAAUCCCUAUGACUGUUCUUAGCCUGACGCUCACCAACCAAUGUAGCACCUUAGGAGUCAGGGACAACAGGAAUUAAGAGAGGGGCAGCUGAUCCUGUCUGCUACCCUUUUAAAACCACAGCUAAUCCGCACAGAGACGAGCCCACAGCUAAUCCGCACAGAGACGAGCCCACAGCUAAUCCGCACAGAGACGAGCCCACAGCUAAUCCGCACAGAGACGAGCCCACAGCUAAUCCGCACAGAGACGAGUCCACACAGAGACGAGCCCACAGUAAAGUGAGAAUGGGGGUUAGGUAGGGGUUUACUGAACCCCUUCUCAAAUACAGGCCUUUAAGUCUGAACCCUACUGGAGUUUAACCUUCCUCUCUAAACACAGUUAGAUUCAGAACUGUGACACCAGGUAGGGGGACUGACUGAGUUAAAACUGAGUUAAAAACCUCAAUGGCUAUGAAUGGUUUGGCCCGGGAGAUGAGUAACCUUGCCUGAAAACAUACAUUAGCUUCCUGAGCCAAUAUCUUGGCUUUAGCACAGCAGGCUUCCUGAACCAAUGUUUUGGCUUUAGCACAGCAGGCUUCCUGAACCAAUGUCUUGGCUUUAGCACAGCAGGCUUCCUGAACCAAUGUUUUGGCUUUAGCACAGCAGGCUUCCUGAACCAAUGUCUUGGCUUUAUCACAGCAGGCUUCCUGAACCAAUGUUUUGGCUUUAGCACAGCAGGCUUCCUGAACCAAUGUCUUGGCUUUAUCACAGUUCAUCAUGAUUUGCACAUGUGAAAUACAGUAUGAGUUGAACCUGUAUAAUGAUUUUGUAGUUACAAAAAAUAUGAGGAUAAAUGCAACACUAGCAAGCGCAUAACGGGUGUGAAUAAAUACAACACUUGUAAACAUG